AUGACCGACGAUCGUGACCUUCAUCAAGUCGAAAAGGACGACGUGUCUCCUCUUCCCUCUUCGCCUUCCUCGUUCCGCGCUCCGCUUGGAAGGCCUGCUUGGUACGGAGCAUCGCCCACUCCAUCGUUCAACUUUCUGUCCGGCAGCGCGCCCGCGCCCAACUUCAGCGCAGCGUCUCAGCGCGCCCCUUUUAAAUCGCGACUCAUUGAUCCUGAUCGUGAACGCGAGCACCUGCUGAGAUGCGAAACCAAGCUUGGCAAGCAACAGGCUCGCAAGAACCUCAUUGCUUGCUUGGUCCCUGUACUGGUCGGACUCGUCGGUGCUGCCGCCUUGAUUGUGACCGGCUACCUGGGCAUCAAGAAGCACGACUACUGUCUCGUACUCGAAGACAACUUCGACGGACCUCUAGACACCACCAUUUGGAAGCAUGAGCAAGAGACCGGAGGUUUCGGCAACAGCCAAUUCGACUGGACAACCGACUCGGCCAACAAUUCCUACACCAAGGACGGCAUGCUCUACAUCGUUCCCACCCUGACUGCUGACAGCAUCGGCGAGGCUGCCAUCAUGAACGGCUACCAGCUCAACUUGACCACCACGGGCACUUGUACCGCCGCAAACACCAGCGAUCCCGUCAGCUGUUCCGUCGCAAGCAACUUGACCGAAGGAAUCAUCAUUCCGCCCGUCCAAAGUGCUCGACUGACCACCAAAGGAACAAAGAGCAUCAAGUACGGUAAAGUCGAGGUGCGCGCACGCAUGCCGACGGGUGACUGGCUCUGGCCCGCCAUCUGGAUGAUGCCUCGCGAUGAAGUCUACGGACCGUGGCCCAAAUCUGGCGAGAUCGACAUCGUAGAGUCCAAGGGCAACCUUCCGACCAAGAGAUCACAAGAGCUCGCCAACGUCGUCAGCUCCACCUUGCACUGGGGGCCCUUUUCCUACUUUGAUGGCUACCGGCUCACCCACGACAUUGAUCGCGUCUACCGAAACUUUUUCAACCAAAAGUUCUACACGUUUGGUAUGGAGUGGGACGAGGAAGGCAUCACCGUGUGGAGAGAAGUGCCCUCCAGGCCCUUUUUCAUCUCCAAGUUCAAAGUCGACCGCUACGAGCUUGGUGGCUUUCCACGCUUUUCGGACAACGGAACGGCCAUCGUCUCACCGUGGGGAGGCUCGAGCAACAAAGCUGCAGCUCCUUUCGACCAAGACUUUUACCUCAUCCUCAACGUAGCAGCUGGAGGAACCAACGGGUACUUUGAGGAUGGAGACAUUAGCAAGCCCUGGUCCAACAGCAACAACGUCACCAAGGCCAGAUCCGACUUUUGGGCUCAGAGGAACACAUGGCUCCCCACUUGGCCCUCCGACCCGAGCCAGCGCGGCAUGGUCGUCGACUAUGUUAAGAUGUGGCAGCUCGGCAAAUGCACCUCUUGAUCAUCGCCAUCGCCAUCGUCGCCGUCCGCGCUCUCUGACUCUUUGCUCUUCUGAUUGAUCUUCUUGUCACGUCUUUACCACAUACUUGUCUCGUCGCUCGUUUCUGCAAUCCAAUGCCGAUCUAGAAGAACCUUGAAUUCGAUUGUUGUAGCGAGUCCACGACUCUUCCGAGACUUACAGCGCGAACCGACGUGUUAGGUCGCCUUUACCAACGGUGCAAGCGCCGUAACAUAGAAACAGCCUGGACCUGGGUGCGCAUCUUGUCUUCUCGGUUGCCGUUGCCGACCACUGUGAA